AUGGGGGAUACGGUUUGAGUAUAAAUUUUCCCGAUUUUUCCCUCAAACUUAUCAGUGUUUGAGUGGCACUGAACAGUGUAAGAGGUCUGUUGGAAACUUGAUUUGUGUUCUUUUAUCACCGUGAGUGGCUGGUUUGAAGUAUCUCUAACGUUUUUCCAAAAAAAUGGCGAGUGGAAAGAUGGUGCUGCUGCUGCUGGCAGUCCUUGUGGCAGCUGCUAUGAAGACUACCGUUGCGCAGGACUAUUGUAAUCCGGACCUGUGCGAUCCUGGCAAUGAUCACAUUGGAUGCAAUAACCCGGGAAGCUUUACUAGCAACUGUCCGUCAGGGGCAAAAGUGAUCAAAAUGACUGACGAGCUGAAGAAGAUUAUUCUGGACGAGCACAACAAGUAUCGUAGUACCGUGGCGACCGGUGGUGUAAAGUGGCUGCCGAAGGCCAAGCAGAUGACAACGAUGACUUGGGAUGAUGAGUUGGCCAAGCUGGCCAAGCUGAAUGCCAAUCGGUGUGUGCAGAAGCACGAUGAUUGUCACAACACUGCCAAGCAUCGUUACUCGGGCCAGAACUUGAACCACAUCACAACGACGGCUCCAUCGAUCGACAAUAUCCCGCAGGUGAUCAAGGAUCUCAUUUCGUCCUGGUGGGAUGAACGGCUCGAUGUGAACUCGCGCAUGGUUAAGGCAAUGUACGAUCCGGGCAGACACACCAUGAUCUUCCACUUUGCUGUGCUCGCUGCGGAUAAGGCAAACAAGAUUGGAUGCGCCAUCAGUCAGUGGCCGGAGAAUGGAAACCCUUACCUGUACCUGGUGUGCAACUAUUCGUUCACGGACAUUGUGGGUCUGCCGAUGUAUGCCCAGGGUGAACCGUGCUCGGGCUGUACAAAGGGCUGCAACUCCGCAUACGCCGGUCUCUGCAAUCCUGACGAACCUGUUUCCGUCCCGUAUUAAGUGAAGUUCUUCGUGUAUGGUAAAGGAUGAAAGGCUAAAUUUGUGAAAUGGGCUUUCAGAAUCGAUCAAGAGUCUGUCUUUUGUUUUCUCGCAAUUCAAUAAAAGCAAUGAUAAUGUUUUAACAGCAUUAAAUAAA